CAAGAAAGUCUCCUCUUCUUCUCGAAGAGCUCGCAAUCCAGACAAGAAAUGGAAGGGGCAAUCCACGCCACAACCUCCAAAAUGAUUGCACUGGUGACGGGGGCCAACAAAGGAAUUGGGCUUGAGAUUUGCCGGCAGCUGUUGUCCAAAGGGGUCAUGGUCAUCUUAACAGCCAGAGACGAGCAGAGGGGACUUGCGGCUAUCGCCAACCUUCAGGCUUCGGGUGCAUCUGAUUCUGAUGUGCUUUUCCAUCAGUUGGAUGUGGCCGACUCUGCUAGUGUUGCUUCCUUGGCAGAUUUCGUCCGUGACCGGUUUGGCAAGCUUGAUGUGCUGGUGAACAAUGCAGCGGUUAGUGGACUAGCAUUGUCUCCUGAGAUUUUGAGUUCUUUCGAGCAAGUGCGAGAUCGUUUAACAGACUAUACGAAUUCAAUAACAGAGACUUACGACAUGGUUGAAGAAUGCCUCUGCAUAAACUAUUAUGGAACAAAGGCAGUGACUGAGGCACUCAUUCCUCUACUUCAGUCAUCACAAUCACCAAGGAUAGUGAAUCUUUCCUCAUUCUAUGGCAGACUAAGGUAUAUCCCUGGUGAUAGAAUCAAAGAAGAGAUGAGAAAUGUUGAUGUUCUAUCAGAAGAUAGAUUAAAUGAACUGUUGCAGUCCUUCCUAAAUGAUUUCAAGGAGAGGAAGCUGGAAGAAAAUGGCUGGCCAACCCACAUAUGUGCAUACAAGGUUUCUAAAGUUGCAGUGAGUGCUUACACAAGAAUCCUUGCUAAGAAGUACCCCAACAUUUGUAUCAACUGCGUGCAUCCUGGAGUUGUCAAAACGGACAUAAACUGGAACACUGGGGAACUGCCUGUGGAAGAAGGUGCUCAAGGACCUGUGUUCGUAGCUUUGCUUCCUGAUGGUAGUCCAUCAGGGCAAUUCUAUGAUAUGAAAGAAGUGUCAUCAUUUGAGUAAAAUUUGUAAGCAUAAAAAACUUAAUUAUAUCAUUGUUAUGCAAAAAAAUUUGAUGUAAAAAACUAAAUCAAAUUAUUAUAAAUCAAGAGGAGAAUUAUGUUUUUUUUU